UGUAGACCACCUUCAUUAUAUAAUGAGACAGACUCUGUACUCACCAAUACCAACUUCUGAAGAGCUCUGGACUGACCAUCCCAGAGACCUGCUCCAUCACACACUGAGACUCUGGACUGACCAACACCAACUUCUGAAGAGCUCUGGACUGACCAUCCCAGAGACCUGCUCCAUCACACACUGAGACUCUGGACUGACCAACACCAACUUCUGAAGAGCUCUGGCCUGACCAUCCCAGAGACCUGCUCCAUCACACACUGAGACUCUGGACUGACCAACACCAACUUCUGUAGAGCUCUGAAGACUCAUCAUCCCAGACCAAGAAGGAAAAAAUGUUUUUGCUUUGGGUCUUGAUUUUGAAUGUUUUUGAAGUGUCCAGCUCUCCUCUAUCCAGGAGUUCUAUAGUGGGCGGUCAGGAUGCAAAGGAGGGACAGUGGCCCUGGAUGGUGUAUCUCAAGAUUGUUCCAAAACAUACAAAGCAAGAAGGACACAAUGAGUGUGGAGGCUCCUUAAUCAGUGAGCGCUGGGUUCUCACGGCAGCACACUGCUUUGACGAGCCUCCAGAGCUGAGCCAGUCGAGGGCGCUCCUGGGGGGGUACCAGCUGGCCGCAGCCCCCCGACACCGGCAGGUGCGCAAGCUGAAGAGGACCGUCCUCCACGAGCGGUACCGGGCGUCCACGCGCCAGCGCAGCGGGUCCGACAUCGCCCUGGUGGAGCUGGACAGUCCGGUGACCUACACCAAGUUCGUCCAGCCCGUCCAUCUGGCCAGGGGCUCCGACCACUUCACCCCGAACUCCGAGUGCUGGGCGACGGGCUGGGGCCAGACCGGGGAAGACAAGCCACUGCCCAAGCCCUACACUCUGCAGCAGGUUCGGCUGUCCAUCAUGAAGAGGCAGCUCUGCAAGAAGCUCUUCAAGGGCCGCUGGGUCAUCAUGGCCGACAUGCUGUGCGCCGGGUUCCAGCACGGCGGGAAGGACACAUGCACGGGAGACUCUGGGGGGCCGCUGGUCUGUAAGAAGAAGACGGUGUGGGUGCAGGCUGGGAUUGUGAGUAUUGGGGAUGGCUGUGGAAAGCCGAACUCCCCUGGGAUCUACACCCGGGUCUCCAGCUUCAGGACCUGGAUCAAGACUCACGUCAAAGACGGGGGCUUCUGGGACUAGAACCUCCUACGCUGACUGCCGGCUCUGCUGCACCCUGACAAGAACCUAUCGCCCAUCUCAGCUCCUCGCUCUGUCUUUUGCUGUGUCUCCUGUCCUGUUGUGUGUCUUUGCUACUCUGUGACUUUGUCAUCUCCUCUCUCUCUUACUGUGUCUCCUGUCCUGUUGUGUGUGUUU